AUGGCGGCGCUGGGGGUGCCCCGGGCCCCGCGGCUCCCGAGGUCUCAGCUCCUGCUGCUCCCGCUGCUGCUGGUCGUGGCGCUGAGCCUGCCCCGGACCGCUGGGGCCGCUUCGGCCGAGGCCUUCGACUCCGUGCUAGGCGACACGGCGUCCUGCCACCGGGCCUGCCAGAUGACCUAUCCUCUGCACACAUACCCCAAGGGGUAUGCUGCCAGUUUGCACAUGGUGGACCAAACAGAAGAGGAGUUGUACGCCUGCCAGAGAGGCUGCAGGCUGUUUUCAAUUUGUCAGUUUGUGGAUGAUGGAAUUGACUUAAAUCGGACCAAAUUGGAGUGUGAAUCUGCUUGCACAGAGGCGUAUUCCCAGCCUGGCGAGCAGUUCGCUUGCCAUCUGGGCUGUCAGAGUCAGCUACCGUUCGCCGAGUUGAGACAAGAACAACUCAUGUCUCUGAUGCCCAAGAUGCAUCUGCUUUUCCCUUUGACACUGGUAAGAUCGUUCUGGAGUGACAUGAUGGACUCAGCACAGAGCUUCAUAACCUCUUCGUGGACUUUCUAUCUUCAAGCUGAUGAUGGGAAAAUCGUCAUCUUCCAGUCUAAGCCAGAAAUUCAGUAUCCAACCCAAGUGGAUCGAGAUCAUCCUGCACAUGAGAAAAACACACCUUUAAAAAAAAUGGCCUCAAAUCCACAGCCAGCAGGCUCUCAAACCCACAGAGGCUACUUUGAAGAUGGAGAAAGUGACAGCUUUUUUAAAUGCCUCUCUCUGAACUCUGGCUGGAUCGUGACCAUCACCCUUGUGCUCUCGGUGCUGGUGUUGCUCUGGAUCUGCUGCGCCACUGUUGCCACAGCCAUGGAACAGUAUGUGCCAUCUGAGAAGCUGAGCAUCUAUGGAGACUUGGAGUUCAUGAACGGCCAGAAGCUGCCCAAGUGCCCACCUUCUUCCCUUGUGGCGGUUAGAUGCCAGGCUGAGGAUCGUGAAGAAGCUGGGCCUCUCCCUGCCAAAGUGAAUCUUGCUCAUUCAGAAAUCUAACAUUGUUUUUUUAAAAGAAAAGUUAAUUUAAAAGACACUAACUUUCCGUUCCUGGUGUGGCUUUUUUUCCCAUUGGUUUCUUUGGAAAUGGGGCUUAGGAAAUCCACUGAAAAUGCAAAUAAAGUUACCAAUCUGGGACGGUGGUAUUGUCUGUCACUUCUCUGUAUGGUCUCUAGUAAUCGAAGAGAGAGAGACAUCCAGGAUUUCAUGUCUUAUUAUCUGUAACUGCUUUUCAUUGAUGUUUGCAAUGUGCUUUUAUUUCUCCCUUGACUAAGUUCUGUAAGCAUGUCCCCCUGCCCCUGCACCUUCUACCAUGAUCCUGGCAAUCACCCUAAUUGAUAGAAGGUAUAUGAUAAGAUAUAAUGUCAUUGCUCAGAAAUGGCUCCAUAACCAUGCGAUUGGAAAUUAAAGUUGGCAUGAGGAGCCUUCCUGAGAUCCUUAAUUUUCAGCUGUAGUGAGUUGAUAUCAUUAAAGUUUGAUUUGUAUCACUGUGCAUAAAUGUUGUGUCAAUACGUUACAGAUUCCCAAUGUCUUCCAGAGUUACCAGGAGUAUUUUGCCAGUCUUCUGUCAUAAUAGUAUACGAAUAACAUAAAGGAAAAUUGGCUGCUAUACGUCUGGGAUGACAGGGCAGGGGUUUAAACCUGCCUGCUUUGAUUGGAGAGAUGGGGGAGAGUGUACAGUUUGUGCUGGGAGGGACCCCAUUUUAAAGUUGAAAAGGAAGGACUGCUCAAAGGGAAAAUGAAGUCUUAUCUAUUUUCUAGAGAUUUGGUCUUGGCCCAGACUUUUGGGAGAAGGCAUUUCUAGUACUCCUCACGUUUGCUAAUCUUGCCUUGACCCAAAGGGAUCACUGUCCCAUCUUGCAGCCCAGGACCAGUUGUCAGAGUCCAGUUUGUGAGGUUUCAGGUAGGCCCAAAGUAGAGCUUAGCGAUUGAGAAAUAAACUGCUCUGCCCUAGUCAUUUGAUUAGAAGGAAGCAUGGGGGAUGUAUGCUAGGAAAGAGAAGCAGCCUGACUUUUAGCAUGCUUAGAAAAGAGAAGUUAUCAAUGUGAAGAGUUUGCAGAAAGGGUCUGGAGAGCUCUUCGGCUCAACUCCCCAGGCCAACCUCCCUCUCACCCUGCUGGGUUGUCCUGGGUUUAAUGGCCAGAUCCAGUAUGGUUCUUCUUAGCCCUAUAUGAUGAACUAGGCUAACUGAAAACAACCUUUUGUGACUCAAAACUAAAGAGUAUCAAAGGCAAAAUUUUUUUCUAUGCAAAGUGCUCGCUUGCUCGCUCUCCAUACAUAUAUAUGAAUUCCUCUUGAAGCUCAUUCAUAGAAUUUUAGUGUUCAAAGAGACCGAAGUUGUAUAACUCUACAUUCAGACUGUUUCAUCCACAUCAACCCAGAGAGGUAUGAGUCUGCCCAGGCCAGGUGUGCUGAGACCUGCUACACUCUUCUGCCAUCCUAAAUCAUCCCCUCUUCUUUAACCUUCCCUUGGGGUCUUUUAUAGUCCUUAUAUAUUCUUUCUUCUCACUCCACAUGUUGAUUCCCACUUCUGCACAGUUGUAGUCCAAAACUUCUUCCAGGAUUCCAUCUGAGCGGUGCUCCUGGGAUUAUGCCCAUGCAUCGUAUCUUUAUCUUCCUUUUAGAAUCCCUCCCUGCCUUAUUCAGUGUCAGUUUAUCCCUAUCCACUAAGACCUUUAACUCUUAACUUGGAAAUUCCUCAAUAUACAGUCUGAAGUCAUUUUCUAUCCUUUUAUUCCCACCUCAUCCAUCCACUGGUUCUCAAGGAUGCUUGUCCGCCAUCUCUUUCUACCUCCUAGAACCCCAUCCAUUGUUCUUAGCUAAAGAGAAGUUUUACUGCAACCUCCACACCACUGUUGAAGCCCACAAGACCCAUCUAGUUCAGCAUCCCACCCAUCACAGGAAUCAGUCCCUCAGCUGCUGACCUGACCUCUUUGCAGUCCCGCUCAUGUUCUCGCCAGGUAUCCUCUUCCUUGCCAUUCUUGCAGAAAUUUUCAUUCUUUAGGCUAUUGAGGAGGCAUUUAAUAAUGUGAAGGACAGUAUUUAAAAUGUAAGUGUUUCUGUUUUACAUCUGCCCUUCAGCUAUUCCACUUAUUAAAAUGUCUGUCUCUAAUACCUAUGGAGGCCCAACUCACAUUGCCCACCUUUUCUCCCAGCAACCCCAACAGCAGUACAAAUGUUUGCCAUCUCUAGUUUAUAGAUACCGAAACACUUGGGUGCAUUAUCACUUGGCCAUGGUGGCAGGUGCGCACACAUAACUAGCUAGUAUGGAAGAAAACCCUGAACUCAGCAAGCAUCUCUACUCCCACAUCCAGAACCACUCAGAACCCUUAGAAGUUAUCAAGUGAACAUCUAUUUUCACCCCAUGUUACUUUAUAAGUCUUCGCACAGGAUAACUCCUCUCUUUUGGAUACUGUAUUUCUAGGGUAGUAGGCCAUAAGCAAAAUAGAGCGUAGGAGCCCCGUAGUCCCCUAACAUCUGGUUUUUUUCCCUUGGAGAUAUUCCCAAGGUUCUCAGUGCUUCUCCCCUGCCCUGCACUCUUCGUAAAACCCAUUCUCAAGAAAACCUGAAAAGUCAGUUCUCAGCUAGUGUCAUUGGCUAGAGACAGUAAAAGAGGCUCCACUCUGGGGAGAGUUUCAGCCAGGAUCCAAGGCCUUAAACUAAUGAUUGGAAUCUCUUAAGAGUAGAAUUUAGGAACCUGGCCAGUGGAUGAGAGUUGUUAGGGUUUGUAGAUCGGUAGAAGGGAUGUAACUGCUAGUCCCUCCCAGUACAAAAAUAGCCAUUUGAAAUAGUCUAGCUUUUGGUACUACGGUGACUUUUUUAAAUGGUUUCUUUGGAUCUACGGUUUCCCCAUGUACCUCCUGGAUACAGUUGUGUAUCUGUAUACAAAUAAAUGCAUAUAUAUAUAAAUACGAUGCUUCCCAGGUCUGGUUCAAUGGAUCCAGCCCCAGACCAGGAAGAACUUUGAAAGAUUGUUUAGAGGUUCUGAUCCAUGUUGUUCUGUAGUCUAUAAUUCAGUGUUUGGAUCAUAUAACUAUAAAUCACUGAAUGCUGAGAAUCUAUAGUAUUGUUUCCAUAAUGAUUCACUGUGUAUUUCUACUUUUUGUGUGGAGGUAUAUUUGUAUUAAAUUCCUUCUCCUCAGAGACUAUGGAGCUGAAAAGGACCUGAGCAGAUAACCGAGUCAGCCAAGACCGGAGGGGAAAGGUGGGGCCUGCCUGGUAGAGCACUGUAGCAGAAUUGGGAUUUUUACCAAUCCUUUUAUUCCUAAUCCAGUGAAUGUCCUUUCCCUUGGAUCCUGAUUGGAUUGGAAGAGCUUUAAAAGGUCCCUGGGGGAUAUUUGCUUUGCUCUGAUUCAUGACUCUAGGAAUAAAGCCUUGGAAUUGGUAGUAGAAUUUAAGAAACUCACCCAAUUCAGUGAACAAUUGAGAUUUGAAUGGGUAAAUGCAGAUUUCUGUUCUUUGGCUCCCCACAGUUUUAUAUUAAGCAUCAAGUUUACAGUCUCAUUUCAGAGCCAUCCAAACCUUGGAGAUGGCCUUGAAGCUACACUCGGCAAUGGCCAAGCUCUGGGUUCCUGUAUUUUGUCUUUGCUUUUCCUCUUUGCUCCUCAUGGCUGUAACUCCAGGACAAGGCUGAGUUGAAGGAACACGGCCUGUUUUGCCUGGAGAAGAGAGAACUUAUUGAAGGGCCCCUUUUCCUGAGCCUGGAGGACCAGUUUUGUACUAGGCUCCAGAGGGCAGAACUAGAACAGGUGGGGAAAUUCCCAAGAGAUUUACCAGCCCUGCUUACCUGCCAGGGAAAGCACCCAUAGAGGGAUGCGUGUGGAGAAGCCUUGUCUAGAAACACGACGUAUUGGUAGUACUUUGUAGAAAAGAGAAAGAGGCAAAAGGACUCUCCGUUUUGGCAAAAACUCCCUAAGCAGAGCUGCCAUGGAUGUUGUGGGAGAGGCUGGUUGGCCCUCUUUGCCCAGCAUUCCUGUUGGAGUACAGGUUCUACAGAGUCUUCUGCAAGGUCCUUUCCACUUCCUGAGUCUUCUAUUCCUUCUAUUGUCGUGUUAAGCAACAUUUUUGUUCCAACUGUCCUAUUCUGAAUGGUUUGGGUUCAUUUUACAGCCUCUUGUUCUGUGUUUCUAGUGCUUGAAUGAUGGAAUGGAAAUAAUAACGGAAGGUUUGCUUGGGAGGGAAAUGAACCACUGAUUUAGAAUAAGAUGCUUAAACAAAAGCCCCUGAUGACUUGUCUGGAGAUAAAUCGCCUGCACUCUCUGUUUGAGGCUAAGGAAUGUUCGUUUCCAAAUUCUGAAGUAUGGUGGACCUAAAUAAAAUUCAGAUUGCCUGCA